CAUCAAUAAUCCCACGACCAACUUCACGCCUGUAUAAGAAGCCAUUCGUUCGAAGCCCGAAACAAAAUACAGCAUCACACACCACCGCCGCAAACAGAAUCUAAACGACGACAACAGCCCAACAAGGGCGAGAAGAACCACAACCUCCUCUUCCCAAACCCACCACCAUAGCCCUCCCUCCGUCAUACACCGACAUCGCUAAACAUGGUUUCGCCCGCGGUAAUCUCCACCGUGCUCGCAAAAGCGAUUGAAGUCGCCUCCCACUCAUGGGAAUACGGUACCGUCGCCGAAGCCCUGCUAGAAUGGCACAGUCCCAACCUCACCAUCUGGCAUGAUCCCUUUCCCUCUGGGCAAAUCCCUACUUUAAACAUCGACGAUGUCUCCGCGCUCUCGUACGUUAAGCCGUUCAUCAGCACAAACGGGCCUACGCUCGUCGAGGGUGAUGGCGCAGCAGGCGAUCCCCCCUCCCUCGGUACCUUCGCGCUAUUAAUCGGCAAAAGCGCAGGCGCAUACUGGGACGCAGCCGCCCGGCAAGCGCAGCACAUGCUCACCUCGGUCCCGCGCUGGUCCAACGGCGCCAUCUCGCACCGCGAAGCGUACCUGGAGCUGUGGGCCGACUUUAUCUACAUGGCGCCGCCCUUCCUCGCGUACUACGCCAUCGCCACCGCCGACGUCCAACUGCUCAAGGAAUCCGCGCAGCAGUGCAAGCACUACUACGACGUGCUCUCCACCACCCAGGGCCCCUGGCUGCACAUAGUCGGCGACCACGUUUCUGACCUCGGGCUGUGGAGCACCAGCAACGCGUGGGCAGCCGCGGGGAUGGCCCGCGUGCUCGCGACGAUGAAGUACUCACCUUUCUCCGACGACACGGCCUCCGAGCAAGCUAUGCUCUCCUCCAUGAUACAAGAAAUCCUCGACGGCAGUAUGGCACUCGACCACGAUCCGUCUGGCCUGCUGAGGAACUAUCUCAACGACACGACGUGGUGGGGCGAGAUUUCGGGGACGUCGAUGCUGGCGGCUACGGCGUUGCGCAUGGCGAAGUUGCAGCCGGAGAGCUUUGGGGAGAAGUAUAGUAGCUGGGCAGAGACGAAGAUGGACGUUGUGGAUGGGAAGAUUGACGAGGGGACGGGGAUUGUGAGUCCGGCGGUUGAUCCGUUGAAUUGGAAUAAUCGCAGUCAGUAUACCACGGGGAGUCCGGAGGGGCAGAGCUUUGUGGUGCUGAUGCAUGCUGCGUAUCGGGAUUGGAAGGGCGAGUCGUGAGUGGUGCGCCACUUGGGUGUCGAAUUCGCUUAGGUUAUGGAGAAAUAGAUAUUGUAUAUUCUUUCGUUCACGUCUUAUUGCUUCAUCGAAGCCACCGUUCAAACCGCAAAGGACUCCUCAACCACGUUCUUAGACUGCUCUACCUCCCCAGAAGGGGGCUCGUAACCGGCGACGGCACCGACAGGUGUGGACUGGGGAAAGGCGACGUCGAAUGUGGGCUGACCCC